AUGGCUGAAGACCCUCUUGCUGGACUUGACGAGGACUUUCUCCUCUACGCUCAGGCCUUUACUAAAGAACUGCACCGGGAUGUCUACCCUUCGAUAGACCCAACAAGUCCCGCAUUGUCGCAAGCGGGCAAAGUCGUAAUAAUCACCGGUGCAAGCAAAGGAUUAGGACGAAGGGGAUUCGUGCCGUCCUUUGCCAAGGCGGGAGCUAAAGCAAUUGUGCUUGUUGCCCGCAACUCUGCUCAGCUGCAAGAAUCGGCCGAGGCGCUGACACAAGAAUACCCAAACACAAAGUUCUUGCCCCUUACGUGCGAUAUCAAGGACGAGGCGUCUGUGAGGGCUGUGUUUCGACAGAUCAAGGAGGCAUUUGGGACUGCCGAUGUUUUGGUGAACAAUGCGGGUACCCCAGACGAUGUCAAGCCUUUGCGGCACGCCAACAUUGACAAUCUUUGGCACGGAAUUGAAGUCAACAUCAAGGGCACCAUUCUCAUGACGCAAGAAUUCCUCAAUCUGGUGGGCACAACUAAAGAGGCCACCAUUGUCAACUUGUCGUCCGCCAUGGCAUUUGUACCUCUACCUGGACAGGCCAGCUAUACUCUGUCUAAACUUGCGAUUGCGCAGCUGUCUGCGUUUAUUGCUCUGGAGAACCCCAACGUGCGGGCCGUCAGCGUUCAUCCGGGAACAGUCAUGACAGACCUCUUGACUCCAUCUCUCCAAAAAUUUGCAAAGGACGCGCCGGAGCUAGUGGGCGGAUUGUCCGUCUGGUUGACGACCAAGGAUGCAGCUUUUUUGAAUGGUCGAUAUAUCACUGCAAAUUGGUCUGUAGAUGAGCUGGUGCGCCGUCAAGCGGAGAUUGUUGAUGGGAAGAAGUUGGUGAUUAACCACACAGGAGAACUUGCGUACUAG